AUCCCUGAGAAUCAGCAAGAGGAGGUGUAUUCCAUAGGUAGUGCUGUCAGUUGGAAUGAAUCACUCCAUACAGCUUGUAAUUCUGUGAAGGCUGUGGAUGCUGCUGAAAAGGACCACUACAGCCCUAACUCAGAAAAGGUGAAACACAGUGAUUGUAUUUCCAGUGUCUUAUUAGACACUGGAUUAUGUAAUUCAGGAAAAACUGAGGGAAGUAAUCAUUCUGAUAUUGUACCACUUGGUUUAAGUGGGCGUCCCUCAAGUGUUGUAGAGCAAACAAAUACUAAACAGAUGGUAGAGAACAUGAGGGGUAACUUUAAAUUAUCAUUAGAGUUAUGUGAAAUGGACAAUGUAGAAAAACUUGCUGAAAAAGUCUGCCUUCUAGAGCCAGAAAGUGAAGUAAACUCAAAUGUGGAAAAGAAAACACUUGAAAGAACUCAUGGUGACAGCCAAAUGUUUGCACCAGACUGUAGUGAACAUCACAACAGUUUUGAAGAGUCCUUGAAAGAUGGAGAGAAAUGCACAGGUACAAUUUUGCAUAGCUGUGAAGCUUUGAAUACGACUGAAAUGCACAAAACCUUGGAGGAAAGUUCUGAUUUUCAAACUCAAAUUAAGGGCUGCACUGAAAUCAAGACAUCAGCUGAAGCUGCAGACCAUGGUGGCACAGAGGAAGGUGUCUGUGAGCGUGUCACUGGUGACUUGACUGAGGAAGCUGGUAACUUGAGCAGAAGUAGCCCGUGGGAGUCAACCAAGGUUUCCGAGUUAAACCCUAAUGCAAAGGUGUGGGGAAAUCAUAUGUUACACUUGGAAGCAAGUGGUGCCACUGAUGGUAGUGUGAGCAAAACGUGGGAAGAAAUACCUGACCAGCCUCCAGAUUCUUGUAAAGAAGGACUGGAUGCCAACGGUGAUGGCGACAAAAAGCAUCAGAAUGCAGUGCUGACAGAGCUGCCAGAGCCGUCACCAGCUGUUUCGGUGUCAGACCAGACAGAUAUGAACCCUUUGGCUCUCGAUCAUUCUGAGUAUGAGUCUAUGCAUGAAACCACCCAGACAGGUGGAAAUGAACAGUUGCAGCCAGAAGGUCAGGAAGAUUUACGAGAAUUACUGAAAAAGACACUGGAAUUCUGUUUAUCUAGGGAAAAUCUUGCCAGUGACAUGUACCUUAUAUCACAGAUGGACAGUGAUCAGUAUGUGCCAAUAAUGACAGUAGCAAACCUUGAUCAUGUCAAGAAACUCAGUACUGAUAUGGAUUUGAUUGUUGAAGUGCUGAGAUCGUUGCCUUUAGUUCAAGUGGAUGAGAAGGGGGAAAAAGUUAGGCCAAAUCAGAAUCGCUGUAUUGUGAUUUUACGUGAAGUACCUGAAUCUACUCCCAUUGAAGAGGUUGAAGCACUUUUCAAAGGAGACAAUUUGCCUAAGUUCAUCAACUGUGAGUUUGCCUAUAAUGACAAUUGGUUCAUCACAUUUGAAUCCGAAGCCGAUGCACAGCAGGCUUACAGAUACCUUAGAGAAGAAGUGAAAACUUUCCAAGGAAAACCAAUUAAGGCAAGGAUAAAAGCAAAGGCAAUAGCUAUAAACACAUUUUUGCCAAAGAAUGGAUAUAGACCUCUGGAUAUGAACCUCUACACGCAGCAGCGUUACACAACAUCCUUUUACAUACCUCCAGUAUACAGUCCCCAGCAGCACUUCCCAUUGUACAGCUUAAUUGGCCCACAGACCUGGUCAGCCACACACAGCUACCUUGACCCUUCAUUGGUGACACCAUUUCCAAAUACUGGAUUUAUCAAUGGGUUCACAUCUCCAACCUUCAAGCCUGCUGCUUCUCCAUUGACAACACUCAGACAAUAUCCUCCCAGGAACAGGAAUCCUAGCAAGUCUCAUAUACGACAUACAAUACCCAGUGCAGAGAGGGGACCUGGGCUUCUAGACAGUCCUACAAUAUUCAACUUUUCUGCUGAUCGUUUAAUCAAUGGCGUCAGGAGUCCACAGACGCGGCAGCCGGGACAAAGCAGGACACGGAUGCAGAGUGCUACUACCAGUUACACCAAGAGGGAAGUAGGAACUGGGCGGAUGGAACAGAGCAGCGUUGACUCGUCUCCUGGACUGGGGAGAGGAAGGAAAAACUCAUAUGGCUACCGGAAGAAAAGGGAGGACAAGUUUACAAGAGGCCAAACACAGUCUCCACCACCCGUAAAACCUCCAUCUCCCAGCUUUGAAUUGGGUUUAUCUAGCUUUCCUCCAUUACCCGGGGCUGCUGGCAAUUUGAAGACCGAAGACCUAUUUGAAAACCGACUGUCCAAUGUGGUAAUAGGAACAUCAAAAGAAAGAAACAUUAAUGUGGAUGCAAGUACAAACACUAUUCCGUCAGGAAUUCCUCGAGAGCCGUUGUUACCGGUCUCUUCUACAUUGCCCAGGACCUUUGAAAGGUCUCCUUCGCCACCCCAGUCUUCUGAGGACCCCAAGGUUGUGGAUAAACAGCAGAGAGAGACACAGAGUACAGAAAGACUUUCUUCUUCCUCACUCAGUACUGCAUGUAAAUCGGUACAAGUCAAUGGGGCUGCCAUAGAACUGCGAAAACCUAGUUAUGCGGAAAUUUGCCAGAGAACAACUAAGGAUCCUCCUACAUUGCAACCCCAGAAAGAACAGAAGCCAAACACUGUAGCAUGUGGGAAAGAAGAAAGAAAGCCCACAGAAACAAUAGAGAAAAACAGAGAACCUCCUCCUGCAAAGUCACAUCCUGGACAACCCAAAGACCAGAGGAGACAGUCAGGACGCAGAUCGUCCCCUCCAGCCGUUGGCAAACGCUUAAAUAAAGAACAGAGUACCCCUCCAAAAUCUCCUCAGUGAAACUAACACCUGGGGGGGAUUUGACAAGAGGUCUGCUUCCCACAAAUUAAACCCAUGUUCCCACUAAGAUACCUGAGAAUGAGUUGCUGGUUAGGAGCUUGCAGUGAUACUGGGCAUAUAAUAAUGCCUGCAAGUUAUUUUUCUGUGAAAUACUUUUUCCCCUCUUGAACAAACAUUCUAUUUUUCUGGGUAUUUCUGGAUAGUUGUUCUAAACCUUACAUUUAGAUUGGUGCUUAAUUGGAGGUGAAGCUUAGUGUGAUUUUUUUUUUCCAAGGUGUAAAAUAUUUGUCUUUAAAAAAAAAAAUCAACUUUUUAUUAAGCCUCUCUGUGGCUGUGUGAGUGCAAGCUCUGUAUAGUGAGUUUUUUCUAAACUGUUAAGCAGAAAUGUGCUGCUGCAAUAUUUUUAAUAAACAGGUCUGCAAGUACAUAUCUAAAGUGUCCAAAAGACUGAUAACGGCAGCUAGUGUGUAGAGUGCAAGGAGGUAGAACAUAUUUUACAAAUUAGUAUGUGACCUUGAAGAUUUUUUUUUUUAUUGGGCUGCUGUACUAAGUGUCAGCAAAUGAACUUGCACUUUUAGGUUAAAUGAGUAGCUGUUUCUAGUAUUUUUUAAAAAAAUAAUCUUUUUUUGAUGUUUUGCACACACAAAAUUAAUUCUACGGGGCACCAUAGCAGUCUUUCUAAAAUAUUUCCUUUUUUUGACUUACUGCAAGCAAGUAACCAUCUUCUCACUCCAGAAUAAAACUGAUGUUAUAAUUUGCAAAUACAAAGCACAUUGUGAAUAGAAAGAAUCAAGUCUGUGAGCUUCUAUGAUGGUGAAGCCUGUUAGUGAGUGGAUGUUAUCAGGAGAAAGCAGUGUAGCCUUCUUGUGAUAACUUUAGCUUCCCUGUGCUUGUAAGGGAGUUAACUGAGUCAGCGCUGUAUAUUCUGGUUACCCCUGUGCUCUGUGUAGACUUUUUUUUAAGCUCUGCCCCAAGUGCUCUUUGAAAGAGUUCAUAUCUUAGUCAGCCUUGUGUUGACAUCUUCCUGUAACUACGAGCAUUGGCAUAUGCAUUUAAAUUUUUCAAGACGUGAGAUAGUGGUGUUUGUUUUGUGUGGUGGAGGAAGAGAUCCCUGAUAUUUACCUCUGGGAUGAGGUUUCUCACACUUAUUUACUUUAGAAGUGAUGCGCUUUCUGAAGGACAAGGAUGCACUAAAUUAGCAAGUUUCUAAUAAAGUUGAAUAUAAAUUAUUUUUGUUUUAAGAUGCCUAAAGUUUUUCUUUAAAUGUUUAAAUUGCAGGAAGUUCAGACAAAACUCAUUCCUGCUGACUAUGACAGUACAGUUUAUUCCACAAAAAUGUUUAUUUAAACAACUGAUUUUUUUAAAGAAUUAUUUCCAUCCAAUAUUUAAAGACUUGAAUUUUAUUUAAACUUGAAAAUGACUUUGCCUUAACUUUUGUACAAGACAGCUUAGAGUUAAUGAGGUCUGACCCCGUGGAGGGUUAGCAUGAAUGGAAUACAGAAUUACUCAGUUACAGUAUGUAUCUAUUGUCACUGGUCUUACUGGGUAAACAUACUGUAGUACAGGAACUAGCAGCAGUUUUUGUAAUAUACCUUAAAGAUCUUAAACAGUUGAUCUUUUUCAGAUUGUUGAAAAACCUGUAAAUGCAAAUAGUCAAUACUGUAUUAAAUAUGUGCACUUGGAAGUGUGUGCUUUGCUUGUACAGUUGUAAAUAAUCAGAACAUAUAAAAAGGUACCCUAAAGAAAAAAAUCUGAUAAAAAUUAUUGAUAUUAUAAAUGUUGCUGUUGAGCUGGAUGUAGAUAAACUAAAUGUUGUGGUUUGAAUAUUACUUUAAUUCGUUGUUUUUUCUUUUUCUUAUUUUAUUCUGGUGUGUUGAACUGACUCUGCCUCUUCACUGCAAAAGGGAAAUGGAACGAAAGUCUUAUUUGAAAGCCCUCAAAUGUUUUCCCAAAGUCCCUCUAAAAACAAGCGAUUUAACCAAUUCAAAAGUGUUCUGCAAUGUAAAUAAUGAGUUUCAGCAGUCAAACUGUAAUUUUAAAGUCAUUAAUAAAAAUCAAGUCUAAUUGGGAAAAAACUUGACUGCUGCAAAAAUAUACACUGAAGCUUACUUGUGUGCUUUCAAGAGUAUCAGUGCAUGAUUCACAGAACUGUAAAGUAACUAUAGAAGUUGACUCCUGAUAAAUCUCCUAUUACAAGCAUCGAUUGGUAACUAGUUGACAUUUUAAAAUCCAGCCUGUUGUAUGCUGCAGAAUUGGUCAAAACAGGGCAUGCCGGAGUCUGUUGAUUUUUUUUGUUUGUUUGUUUGUUUGUUUAAGAAGCGCACUUUGUGAAUGCUGUGGGAGGAGAUAAGACCCCGACAACAUCACCAAAACUGCUCAACUAGUUCUGUCAUUGGAUUUAUUGUUUUUAAUACUCUUCUCCUUUCCCCAGCGGCAGUGAACACGGUAGCUAGAUUUGUGUAUGGUUUAGGCCAGCUGUAUGAUUCAUUUUGUUUGUCUGCUGCAAGUGAAAGGCUUUCCAGCUGCAAACAAUCGCGAGUGGUUCCUUACAGCGACUGUGUACGGCUCGUCAUGAUGCUCAGCUGGUACCCGAGGUGAUAUAUUGAGACCAGCAGGGUGUGUUGUGCUGUUCUAAUGUAUUCUGCUGCCAUUUGUGCUAGGUCAAUACACUGUAAUUACUGCUUACCCAGCAACAGUCUGUUGCACCAAAAGUUUAAACCUUCCUCUGACGUGGUUUUUAUAGCUUUUUUAAAAAAAAAAAACAACAACAAGGUGACACGCCAAAUCGCUGUGUAACAUACCAUAGAACUUCUCCUUACUGCAUUUUACUUCAAGAUUUUCUUUUUCUCCCUCCCCCCCCACUCAGUGACAAAAUGGAGUUUUCGGAGUAGAGUUGUGAAGUUGCAUGCAGACUGUUGCUACGAUACAGAGAGAGAUUAAAAUGUGGCUUUUAAAAUGAAAAACCUCCCAAAAGCAGUAGCUGAGUUAAAGGUUCAGGAAUGCAGUAAUGAAAAUUGGCAUUUUUACCUUGUAGGACUGUGUAGUGAUGCUUUUCAUUUUGAAAACGAGUCAAAAUGGGAUCUGAGACUCUCUUUCCAGGAAUUUAAAAAAAAUGAGGGUUGCUUUCAAAACCAAAGGUUGUUUCAGAUCAGUCCCUCACCGUGACACUGUCACUCACAGCUUGCAAAUCUGUGAACAGCGGCAAUUUUUUUUACCUUGCUGCAUUACCCUUCAAAGCCCUGAGCAGUUGGCAUGGAAAAGGCCCUUGUUGGAACAUGGUGCAGUGUAUCACAAGCAACAGCUGACUGUAAUGGUGCACACCUAUCUCUGUAUCUCCUUCAGUAGCUACAGGUAGGGACUUUUGUGCUUUGUAACCAAUUACACUAAUAGCAGCAGACAAUCUGAGAUUCCUAAGGAGACCUAACAGCUGCCAAUUCAUGAAACAGAAGUGUAAUAUGGGAGCCUUUUUGAGGGUUUUUGUUUUUGUUCUUCUUCCAUUAAGACUGGAAUCAAGCUUACAUGUAAACUAUCAGUAAUUUAAGUUUCCUUUUGUGUCAUAAAAUGUAAAACUGUCUAAUUUGAAAAAAAAAAUAUGUAGGUUAUGAAAAAUAAAGAUUUAGGCACUGUUGAA